AUGAAUGAUACAGUUCAAAUAGGCCACAUUUACAGCCCUCUCACAGAUGGGAAUGAUGCAGUUAUAUUCGACUGGUUUGGUCGCUUGCAACACGCAGUUGAGACCCUCGAAGGGAUUUUCUUCAAGGUAGCUCAUGUAUUACUUCCGCAAGAAGGAUGUGCGCACGCAACCGAAUCUAGUAGUACCCAUAAGGGCUUCAUUGAGGGUUUGGAGUCAUUCACCGUCCCAAAAGGCUGGAAACAACUCUGGGUUUACACGGAUGACGAUCGCAUCACACGGCCCGUGAUUCAAAAAAUUGUCGAGCCAGAGCGCAACAUCGUCAUCUCAGAUCCUUGUGCCUCCCUCACUGGAACUCAGUUCACUGACAGUGGGUGUGGUGACACUGGAUUCGAUGAUGGGUUCAAUGAUAUUGGAUUUAAUGACACAUUUUUCGAUGAUGAUUUCAUGUCUGCUAUGAUUUCAUUCAAUGGCGAUUGGGUAGGUAUGGAUACAACAGCGUUCAGGGUUGGAUUCCCAAUGCCUGCUGUGGACAUGCUGCCUUCACCUCCUGCCCCAGCGAUCACGGAGUUACAUUUCCCAGUUCCUGCUGCAGCAGGGAUCGGUUCGGAAUAUGAUCCAGUGUCUCGAGGCUUCCCCACCUUUCUUCUAACACCAAUCACUGAUAUCGCCUUGGCGAACACCGCUUUGGUGACGCCGCACUAUGUGCUUUGCGAUCCGGACGUCUUCACUGAUGGUAUCAAGUAUGAUGAGAAAAGCCUUCAGAAAAACUUUCCUGUUGCCACUAUCUGCAUCUAUGAUGCCAAGAUCCUCGCUAGGCAGCACUUGAAUACUCACGGCAUAAAAAGGACAUUGUUUAAUUCAUUCUGCAAGGAUGGCAUCAUGGAGAUGGUGACAGUUGCAAAGCAUGCCGGUCGGCCGGUGGAGAGAGGCAUUAAGUGUUGGGAAACCGACGAGGUCAAACCCUUGGAUAUGGAGUGCAAACAGAUUAUUGACAUUAUAUACAAGGAAUGGGACAGAUUAGUCAGAUCACGGAAAAUACAUCUGGAUGGAUUCAGAUUGAACAACUAUGAUGCCAAGACGGUCAUACCAUACAUCGCUCAACUUACCGGUCUGAUGACCUGGAAUGAAAUAUUAUCGUUGAUUGCCGAUCCUAAUAAUUCUGGCACUUCAUAUCGUUACCAUUCACUAUUUCAUAUGUUUCCUACCCAGUAUCAGAAACUUCCGGAGCACUUGAUAGCUACUGCAUGCGGCAUGUAUGUGAUUUACUUUAGGCGUCGACUUCCCGGGCACCCGUCCGUCAACAUUUCAUCCACCGCAUUGGAGAAAGAAUCAGCAUCCCAGCUGCAAAUCCUCAGGACCGUCGGCCAGAAUGCGAGCGUGGACUUGCAAGCCCAAGAGCUGAAUUCAUGGAUCAACACUUGGGAUGGCCCGAAUGGCUGGCUGGAAGACCUGUAA